UUCCCCACAGAUCGGCUGUAUUUUUCCAUCCUGUGCUGUAAACCAAAGACCUCACCAAGCACACAUUACUUCUCCACCGACGAUGAACUUCUGUAUGAAAACUUCUAUGCGGACUUUGGACCACUUAACUUGGCCAUGCUGUAUAAAUACUGCUGUAAGCUAAACAAGAAAAUGAAGUCCUUUUCUUUGACAAAGAAGAAGAUUGUUCAUUACACCAACAACGAUCAGAAAAAACAAGCCAACGCUGCCUUUUUAAUAGGAAGUUAUGCUAUAAUAUACUUGAAGAAACUCCCUGAGGAAAUGUACAGAAUUUUACAGUUGGGAAAUGUUACUUAUCUUCCAUUUAGGGAUGCCUCGUUUGGUACCUGUAGUUUUCAUCUAACUCUUCUUGACUGUUUCCAUGCUGUGCACAAGGCUUUACAGUAUCAGUUCUUUGAUUUUAGAAAUUUCGAUCUGAACGAAUACCAGCAUUAUGAGAGGGCUGAAAAUGGAGAUUUCAACUGGAUAAUCCCAGAGAAAUUUCUAGCUUUUAGUGGACCCCAUCAAAAGAGCAAAAUGGAAAAUGGUUACCCUCAUCAUGCUCCAGAAGCAUACUUCCCAUAUUUCAGAGCACAUGACAUUUCUACUGUUAUACGUCUAAACAAAAAAAUGUACGAAGCAAAGCGGUUUACAGAUGCCAGCUUUGAGCAUCAUGACCUUUUCUUUGUUGAUGGAAGUACUCCUUGUGACUCUAUAUUGAAGAAGUUUUUAAACCUCUGUGAAAACGCAGAAGGUGCUAUAGCUGUACACUGCAAAGCUGGACUAGGUAGGACAGGUACCCUGAUUGCAUGCUAUAUGAUGAAGCAUUACAGAAUGACCGCAGCAGAAUGCAUUGCUUGGAUUCGGAUAUGUAGACCUGGCUCUGUGAUUGGACCGCAACAGCAGUAUCUUGUGGACAAGCAAGUGAGCCUUUGGAUGGAAGGAGACAUUUACCGCAAAAAACAGAGAGAGCAGGAAAAUGGAAACAAAGUGUCAGUGACAUUUAUACUUUCUGGAGUAGAUGACAUUUCUCUUCGGGAUGAUAUGAGCAAAGCUUCUGGCAAAGAAGACAUUGAAUUGUACAGUGAUGAUGAAGAAGCCAAUGGUGUUACCCAGGGCGAUAAGCUCCGUGCCUUGAAGUGCAAGCGACAAACAAGAACGUCAACGUCGGCUCCAUUGUCGUAA